GCCAAUCCUCCCGCAGUCCCCAUUGUCUCUUCAGCUCGUAUGACCGUUACCGAAUUCUGCUACAGCCACAGCCUUGAUCUAUUAAUUCCUCCCUAUCAACCCACCUUAACCUACUUUGAUCCAGUGCAGACGCUAAAAUGCAACGCCAUUCGCUGUGGCUUGGGAACCAGGCAGUGUCUCACGAAUGAGAUACUAGGGAGCACACUAAACCCGGACUGGGAUGACGAUUCCCAGCAGAUUGCGUACGCCGUCUCUCUCCAUCCCUGUCUGCCUCAUGCAAACCCAGGUAGGUGGGUGCCCAGCAUCAUGGAUUCAAUCAUGUCGCCAGCCUUCGGACGUCGGAGCACACUCAUGCCUGCAUGCAAUGAGACGGAUCUGCGGGCUUCAUAACAGCGUGAUUUCUCG